GACGUGACCCAGCAGGGACAGAUUGAGGAGGAGGCCAGAAUAGCUACUGUGAGGCAGGUCAAGCAAGCUUCAUGGCUGCCAUUCCACAGGCUCAGAACAGAGCUGCGUAUUACCCCACCAGCCAGCUGGCCCAGCUGAGGCCCAGCCCCCGCUGGACGACACAGGGCGUCAGACCACAGCACUUCCAGAACAUGCCAGGUGCCAUGAGGGCCCAGCCACCAUGGCCCCAGAUCUUCAGUACGAUGGGGCCUGCCUACCAGGUGCCUUGCGUGGUGUCCACUCAGCGUGAUGCCCAGUCUAUGGGUCCUCGCCCUAUGACUGCAGCAGCAGCAGCAGCAGCAGCCCCAGUGCGUGGCGUGCCCCUAUACAAGUACGCCCCUGGAGUACGCAACCCCCAGCAGCACAUAAUCACCCAACCACAGGUUGCCAUGCAGCAGCCUGCUGUCCAUGCGCAGGGGGAGGAGCCUCUGACCGCCUCCAUGUUGGCAGCUGCCCCUCCACAGGAACAGAAGCAGAUGCUGGGUGAGCGUCUCUUCCCGCUGAUCCAGAACAUGCACCCAACCCUGGCUGGAAAUAUCACAGGAAUGCUGUUGGAGAUCGAUAACUCUGAGCUGCUCCACUUGCUGCAGUCUCCAGAGUCUCUGCGCUCUAAGGUUGAUGAAGCCGUGGCUGUGCUCCAGGCUCACCAAGCCAAAGAGGCAGCCUAUAAGAAUGUGCCCAACUCUGGUGUCCCAAGUGUCUAAGCCAAGGAAAAGGGAACCUUGACACUUGAAAAUGAAAAAAUAAACAUUGAAAAAAUGAAAACACACAAAACAUUGUGAAAAGAUCUUAAAACAUUGUUUAAAAGGUGAAAGAAAAAGAAAACUGGUGGUCUUUCACUGCUCUCCUGUUGCAUAAUGUCUACUGAUUUUCUUCCUAAUCCUCCACUCACAUGUAAGGAUCUAGCAGCUAUCUGAGAUUCUCUGUUAUUGUGGAAAACAAAACAUCAAAACUACUCCCUCACCUCUACAUAAAGAGAUGACACACACACACACACACACACACACACAUUAGCAGACACUGUCCAAAGUGACCUACGUAUGGUGGAUACGUGUCUGAACGUUGAAAGUGAAUCUCAAUAGUUGUCUGUCUGGAUGUACUGUAUUAUGUGUUGCGGUUGUACUCAUAGGCUGUACAGUAUAUAUGUGUGUACUAGGGCUGUCAAAAUAACCGAUUAAUUUAGAUUAAUUAGUUUGAGAUAAAAUAACUGAUUAAACGCAGAUUAAUCGAUGACCUUUGACCCGGAGCCAUUCUAGUCAGUAACCAUUAGACCGUAAAAUGGGGAGACGACAAUGUGCUGCCUGGAUCAUUGAUUGGCACAUUUACUUGAAAAAAAAAACGUCCUGACGGUGUUAAAAAGAAAGUGUUGAUUAAAACAAAGUCCUCUGCGAUGUCUGCAGCACAGAAUUUGCAUAUCACCGGAGUUUGUCAACUCUUAAAGGGAUAAUCCGGAGUGAAAUGCACUUUAGAUCAAUUUUUCGGACUAUUGGGAGUACAUACGUUGAGUUGACACCAAAAUCAUGUAAUUCG